GCUAUAUCCGCGCGAUUUCCUUUACUCGCGGUCGCACUGAAGCGAUAUUUUUUCGAAUAAAUAUCCAUAAUGCAAGGCUGAUGUUUACAUUUUUAAGAUGUCGCCGGCAGCGAGGAGGUGCAUGUGGAACGUGUGUGCAGCCAUCGUCAUGUUAGAUUCCGUUUACUGUUUACAAUGUUUCGAAUGCACGUUGUCGCAGGAAGGCUGUGAGGACCCGACCAAGUACAAUAUUCCCACUGUGGACUGCAAAAAAUCACUUUUCACAAUUGUACCCGAUAAUGUGCAAGCUCGCAUGAGAGGUACCCAAGGUGAUGACGAUUUCGAAUGCCUUACUACCAUAGAGAAAAAUUCCACUCACCGUUUCUACACGAGGCGGUGCGCCCUGAGGAGGGAACAAAUCCUUUGCGAAUUGCGCUCGAGGAAUAAUUAUGAUUUAGAAUUCGAGAAAUGCUCGUUGUGCGAUAAAGACUACUGCAACUCUUCGAGUGAACGUAGAAUUAAUGUUGUUUUUAUUUAUUUAUUGUCAGUAUUAACCGUCGUAAAAUUCGUUGUAAGAAUAAAUUAUUAAUAUAUGGUGUACCUAUCUUUUUUUGAGUACCAGUAUUUUAAGCGAUAGACUCAAAG